AUCAGUCUCUUUGAAAUGUCUAAAUAUUUCCAAGGUUGAGCCAUGGCGAGCAAAUAUUCUAGCAUGUUCAAAGCAGAAAUAAUUCCCUAAAUCUCCUAGGACCUGCCUCCUUUGGCCCAUGCUUAUCUUGUGCCCUGCAUCAUGGUGAAAUAGCUAUAAAUUAUCCUCGUAGCCGCCACAGUGAUUGACACAGACGUAUCGACCAUAAAACAUAGAGGUGUUUAGUGUGGAGUCCAUCAAUAUGGGGGGAUUGACAUAAAGUAGUCACGAAGCAAGUCCUUCAUUGAGAAGUUGAGACAGCACCCUUAUCAGUGGGAAGAAAUACUGAGCCUCUAGCCUAGGAUUUCUUAUGUUCGGUCGUAGUUCUAGUGAUUAACAGUCAUGAGUUGUCUUAGUUACACUGAGACUAGGUUACAGAAGUAAAGAAUGAAGUAGAACGUCAUUUGCUACACACAUAUAUAAGGAUGAGAAACUUAAGUCGUUUCUCAGCUUAUGUUCUGUGCAGUCAGGGGUUGAGUUCGACCGUCUCCGAGACCCCUUCCAGCAAUGUCUGUGUCGUUCUUUGGCAGGAAGACCACCACUAGGUGGUCUCUGGCAUCAUGGAAGAUGUCAUGGACAUCAUUUGCCAUCAUAGACGACGACCACUAGGGGGCGGAGUAGUGAGCAGGAUUAGUAGGCAGCCAACCCGCCUUCUAUGGGUGGAGAACAGAAGAUUGGGGGGCAAGGUCGCACCUUCCUUCAGAGAGGUGUGGUGCCAGGCCAGCAGCUGAAGAUGCUGGUGCUUCUGCUGCUUCUGGGACCCAGCUACGGGUUUGGCGCCCUCGUCUCUCAACAUCCCGGCAGGGCCAUCUGUAAGAGUGGUGCCUCUGUGACCAUCCAGUGCCGUACAGUGGACCUUCAAGCCACAACUAUGUUCUGGUAUCAUCAGUUCCCAGAACAGGGCCCCCUGCUGAUAGCAACUUCUAACAUGGGCUCUAAUGCCACCUACGAAAAAGGUUAUAACAGCGCCAAGUUUCUCAUCAGCCACCCAAACCAAAGGUUUUCAUCUCUGGUGGUGAGAAGCGUGCAUCCUGCCGACAGCAGCCUCUACUUUUGUGGUGCUAGUGACACAGCGCUGAGCAGAGAUCAGAGACCCAAACAAGAACCUUUGCAGCAGCCGCCCUCCCCCACCCCACCCACCCCAGGGGAGAGCCCCCUGGAGGGUGUGGAGGGAGGAAAAACCACAGUCUUUCUGACUGUGAGGUGGGUGUGUGUGUGUGUGUGUGUGUGGAGAGAGAAAAAUGGGGAAAAAAAUCUAAGUAUGGAGUGUGGAGAAAGUCUGGUGUUUGAGAACUAGCCAAUGGGAAUGGAGCCGGGCCUAUAAAUGGCCAACUGAUAUGGAGUAGUUCCUUGGGCUGAAAAUGCUAAAACCUGGAUUUUCCUUCUGACUCUGCCGCAGGUUAAUCAUAUAUUCUUCGAUACAUCAACACAUAAUUCUCUAGGUAGAUCUCAAAAAGCUUCUGUAAAACACUGUGUAUUUUUGUAAUCAACGUUGGCAUUUGUCUCCCCAAGACACUUCAACACUUUC